CCACUUUCAGUUACUUCUAUAACUUCAACGACCUCCGCCAAGCCUGUCAAUAACGACCAACGCCUCUCAAUAAGCUGAAUAUGGCACCCCUAUCUCUAUCGCUGGGAGUCUCCACAUACGCCACGGCUACCAUUACGCCCUUCACCACAACCUGGCCUGCUGCAUACGAAUCGCUCACUACAUUUUCUCCGAUCUCGACGCUAAGCGGCCAAGCCCUCAACCAAACCACGAAGUUCGAAACGUGGUCAUGCACGCCAACCCAGACGCAUACAUCCACUCGCAUCGUCAUACGCGUAACCACCACUGACAAUGCUACCCUCCAACCGGCGCCUGCCGACUCACUUCCAAAGCCCACCUUGCCCAAAAACGACUGGAUGAGCGUGGCUGGAUGGGGUUUGAUCGUGUACAGCGGAUUCUCCGCUUUCCUGCUUGCCCUGAUGUGGUCGGCUGGCAUGAUCGAUUGCAGACUGAACUUCAUCCGUCCGCUUCACCACCAGACUCCCUUCUCGCUCACCUGGGGCUCAUGGUUCCCGAGACGCGCAUACACGCGCAGCCAGAGGGCCAUACAGCUCGACAACCUAUCUUCUCCAAUCAGCUUUCACGACAGCCAUGAGCAGGUAUUGUGGGACGACGCGGUUGUGUCCUUCCACAGACAACAUGGGUCGUUGGGUACGGAGCUGCGGAGGUUGGGGAUGAUAUGACGAUGCUGGCAGCAGACUAGGAUAUCUUGGAUAGACCGGAAGCUUCUGAGAAGUUGAGCUCGCGGUCGAGGUAAUUGAACGUGGUCGAGGUCAUUGAAACCUUUGGGCAGCUAUGGGGCCGAUUUGGAUCAUGGACAGUUCUUGGUACCAGGCCAUGAGAGCAAGAUCUUGGAUCUUCAGUUUCUAGACUCUUACGGCAUUCGAUUACGAGAAAGAAAGUGGUCACAGUGCAAGGAGGCAUACAUGUAAUUGUCAAAGAUACACUGCUUACUCCACUAUGCGAUGGACAAGGAAAGCGUUUGCGGGGAAGUGCAGAGGACCUCAGGGUCUUCCUCGUCAUCUUACGAUCUGCAUAUGAUCUAAAUUAGCGCAGUAUGGCGGGUGUUUCAUGCCUUGUACUUUAGUGAAGCGACGAGAAUGCAUAAUGGC